AUGGGAGUUUUCUCUAUGAUGGCAUUCUUCACUGCUGCGUUCAUCAGUGGAUUUCUUUAUUUCAACAUUGACUUCAGUACAGCUCCUGCUGGUGCCUCUUCAGGAAAGCCAAAUUUCAUCAUAAUCCUGGCUGAUGACAUUGGAUGGGGUGAUCUUGGUGCAAACUGGCCAUUGACUACUGAGACACCAAAUUUGGACAUGAUGGCAAAGGAGGGAAUGAGAUUUGAGGACUUCCAUGCAGCUGCCUCUACUUGUUCCCCAUCUCGGGCUUCUCUGCUGACAGGGCGCCUGGGGCUACGGAAUGGCGUUACCCAUAAUUUUGCUAUAAGCUCAGUCGCUGGCUUGCCGUUGAAUGAAACCACACUGGCAGAAGUUCUAAAGGAAGCCAAUUAUUCGACAGCAGUAAUUGGUAAAUGGCAUCUUGGACAUCAUGGUUAUUACCAUCCAAAUUUUCGUGGCUUUGACUACUAUUUUGGAAUACCUUACAGUAAUGAUAUGGGUUGCACUGAUGAUCCUGGGUACAACAUUCCUCCAUGCCUACCUUGUCCAAGGGAUUCUGAUGUACAAAGCUGUGGACGCAACACGUGUAUUACAGAUGUAGCAGUGCCACUCCUUGAAAACCAAAGGAUAAUAGAACAACCAGUCAAUCUCAGCAGCCUGGCAGAGAGAUAUGCAGAGAAAGCUGUACGAUUCAUCCAGAAAGCAAGGGAGAGUUUACAUCCAUUCUUCUUGUACUUUGCCCCGGCCCACAUGCAUGUUCCUUUACAGUAUAAUUCUCGAUUUGCUAACACUUCCAAACGUGGGCCAUAUGGAGACAGUCUACGAGAGUUGGACCAUGUCAUUGGGCGGAUACUGGAAGCAGUUAAUACAGAUUUUCGCAAAAACACACUUGUGUGGUUUGCUGGUGACAAUGGUCCGUGGACUGAGAAAUGUGAAUUUUCUGGAAGUGCAGGUCCAUUUGUGGGAGCGUGGCAGACCAACAAAGGUGGAAGUUCAACAAAAAAGACAACAUGGGAGGGUGGCCAUCGAGUGCCAGCAAUAGCAUAUUGGCCAGGAAAGAUCCCAGCUAAUAGUACAAGUGACUCACUGCUCAGUGCUCUAGAUAUAUUUUCUACCCUGAUUUCAUUGGCAAAUGCAAGCCUGCCUCCAAACAGACGCUAUGAUAGUUUGGAUAUAACACAGGUGCUACUUGGCCAGUCAGACUGUGGUCAUCAGGCUCUUUUCCACCCAAACAGUGGAGCAGCUGGACAAUUUGGGGAUUUGAAGACUAUCCGUCUGAAGCAGUACAAAGCUUUCUACCUCACAGGUGGUGCCAAAGCUUGUAAAGGUAAACAAGGGCCAGAACAACAACAUGACCCUCCUCUGAUAUUCAACCUAUUGAAUGAUACUGCUGAACUCCUACCUCUAGAUUCUGCAAGUCCGGAAUACCGUACUGUGUUGCCACAGAUAAAAGUGACACUGAAUAACAUCCUCUUGGAUAUCUCUACAGAUAACAUCUCCUUGGCUGAUUAUUCGCAUGAUCCAUCUGUGAUUCUAUGCUGUCAACCAAAGCAUGUAGUGUGUAGGUGUGAGAACAAGGCCUGAAUCCCAUUUCUUUAUUUUAGUCAUUAUUAUGUGGAAUGGGUAGUGAGCAAGGUGACCAGAGUCUUUGAACUUAACUCAAAUAUGGAAAAUAACUGCUAAAAUGAGCAAAUAAUAUUGUGUAUGGUAAGUAUCUCUUAAAUCAACAAAUAUUUCUUCACACACCAUUACUAUAAUUAAGUUAAUUAAAUAUAAAUAUAAUAAAAUAAAAUGAAGUCAACUAAAGCACCCUAUCCAGCUUCACGGUGGCACAGCGGUUAGCACUGCUGCCUCACAGCACCAGAGACCCAGGUUCAAUUCCCGCCGCAGGCAACUGUCUGUGUGGAGUUUGCACAUUCUCCCUGUAUCUGCGUCGGUUUCCUCCGGGUGCUCCGGUUUCCUCCCACAGUCCAAAGUAAUCUAAUCUAAAAAAAAUAACUCUGUGAUGAACUGUCUGAUUGUGCAAGAUGAUAAGGCUCUAGAGCCUGGGCUGAAGGGCAUCUGCCAGAAGAAUUAAUUUUUAAAAUCCAUUCACAGAAUGUGGAUGUUGCUCACUGGGCCAUCAUCUACUGUCGAUCCAUAGGUGCCCUUCAGAAGGUGGUGGUGAGUUGCUUUUGCGAAAUGUGGGUCCAUUUUCUUUAUGUAUACCCACAAUGCUGUUCGGGAAGGAAUUUCAGGACUUUUUUCCAGUGACACUGAAUGAUCAGCAAUAUAUCUCCAAGAUUGGGUGAUGAGUGGCUCAGAGGGGAACACUGGAAAUGUCACAGUCUGCUCAUGGAAAUUCAUUCCAACUGUUCCUUCAUGCAGUCCCCAUUGGACUUCAUCAAUAUGUCUAUAUUUCCUUACUUUUCUGACUUUAUAUUCUAUAUUAUGGCAUAUUUUUCUGUGUUUUAAGAUAGUGCCAGAGAGUGGACACACUAUACAGCAAUUUUUAAUAAAAUAUAUGUAACAAUAAAUAAACCAAAUCAAAUCAACAUUCCUUACAGUAGCUCAGUCAAGCCAUUUAAUGCAAGAGUUUAAAGUAAGUCUAGCAUUGAGAAUCUGCAUUCUAAAGCCCAAAAUGUUUUGUGGAAACGACCAAACAGAACUAGAAUUAGCUUUAGUGUCACAUACUCACAUGAGUACAUAGAAAAGCUUGCAAGUUGCCACUUAUGGUGCUAUCUUAGCUACAAAGGUACCUAGGUACAGAUUCUUAAGAACAAAUUCUUUGGAAAAAAAUAGAAAAUAAAGAAAUAAGAAGUCCAACAAUAUACACCUUCACAUCAUCUUAGGUACAAAAGUAUAAAAUCAUAGGAAUAAAUGAGAAAAUAAAGAAAUAAAAAGUUCAGAAUAACAGAUCUUCCAACUCUGUCCAUGCUGGGCCUCAGCUCAAGGCCGGAUGUACCAAGAGUCCGCUCUGGAUUGGGCUCAAGGCUCUCAAGCUAGGGCUUCACGCUGAGGCCAGGGCUUCAUGCUGAAGCCAGGAAUCCGUGCUGAAGCCAGGAAUCUGUGCUGAAGCCAGGAAAGUGCGCUGAAGCCCGGAAAGUGCGCUGAAGCCAGGAAAGUGUGCUAAGCCAGGAAUCUGCGCUGAAGCCAGGAAUCCGCGCUGAGGCCAGGAAUCUGCGCUGAAGCCAGGAAUCUGCGCUGAGGCCAGGAAUCCGUGCUGAGGCCAGGAAUCCGCGCUGAAGCCAGGAAAGUGCGCUGAGGCCAGGAAUCCGCGCUGAAGCCAGGAAUCCGCGCUGAAGCCAGAAAUCCGCGCUGAGGCCAGGAAUCCGCGCUGACGCCAGGAAUCCGCGCUGAAGCCAGAGGGCCACAAUGACUUCAGUUGAGGCUUAAGAGCAGGAGGUAAGAAGAAAGAAGAAUAAAAUAAAGCAAAAAGAGUAAAAAGGAAAAGAAACGAACAAAGUGGGCGAGCUCCAGCUGAGGAGUUCUUUCUCUGCCGCCAGCUUGAAACACAUGAGCCACAGAUGAAUAAGGAGAAAGCUAUUGACGGGAACUCACGUUGGAAAAUUCAAAGGAACAGCUGUCCUGCCAAAAGGGGAUAAAACAAAUAUUGCCACUAUUUCCUUUACAUACCUUUCUUUUAUUUCCACUUGUACUGUUUGCAGUAAAUCACAAUGCCUUUCAAAAAUCCACAAUAACUCUAAAUUUUGUUGUUGAAGUCAACUAAACAAUAUCUUAAAUUCUUGAGAAAGGCUGCAGUGGAGGAGCAUAGGACAGAGGUACUCAAGUAGAUUGGCUUUGUCAGGCUCAGAUAAUCUCCAAUAUCAAGCAAAAAAAAAGCAACAGGACACUUGCAGCAGUGGGCUGGUAGUUGAAAAUGGGCAGAAAAUGUGAUUAAGUCCUGCUAUGUAGAUAUGCUUCCAUGUGUGACACACCCUAUCUGUCAAAUAGCAGAUUUUGAACUCCCAUUGUGGUGAGGAUUUUUUUUUAACUUUCCCUCAUGUGGAACAAAGAGAAAGAGUUUUUUGUUUUUCCCAGCCCAACCUUGCAAUGUCAUUUUCUUCAACGACUUGGAACCACUGCCAGUAGUAGGACAGGAAGGAAGUGAGUGCUGCAGAUGCUGGAGAUCAGAGUCGAAGAGUGUGGUGCUGGAAAAGCACAGCUGGUCAGGCAGCA